AUGUUCACACUGCGGAUACCAGCACCAGCCCAGAGCCGCUUGCUACUCCGUACACCAUGCAGAGCAGCAGCACUUCCCUUCCCGGCCAUGGCCCGUCGUCUAUGGGCCCUGGAAGUUGAACCCGAAGUCCGACUUUUCUCGUGCCGUGCCCACCCCUCAACUCUCUCCACCAUCCUAACAGACGCCAUUUCCAUGAGCCAACGAAACCACCUCUUCGCUCUACUCUGGAGCCCAAGUUCCAACGCCCGGCCGCCGUUGCCAAGCCCCGGUCUUGUGACAACCUCUGACCCUCAUCCUAGCAAGCCCUUCGGAGGUCAUCGCCGUCUCAACCCGCGCAUUCGACCUUGGCUCCGCUCUCCGCGAGCCCGGUGUCUCUUGCUCGACUCUCGCCGUGGGCCGCUAGUCCUUCCCGAGGCACAGUCACGCAAUCCUGGUUCUUAUGCCUGUUCCCCAGCCAUAUCUCAUACUUGA